AUGUUCAUUGUUGUUGAUCCUAAUGUUGUUUAUGUCAACAGAAACGAUACACAAGACUUUAUAUUUGUUUACGCAGAUGAAAUACUAGUUCAUGUAGAACAGAGCGGUGAUGUAGCAACAUUUAGUGGAAUAUUGUGUUUGUUAUUAUCAUUCUAUUACACAUUCGAUUUACAAUAUCCUAAACAUCUGAGAUCAUUCAUGGAACUGAUUGAUUUUUACAUUCAACGACAAGAAAAUUUUAAUAAAUUAUCUAUUACUACACAAAAUGCUGUAUUAAAACUUCCAACACGUCAACAAUAA